CCAACCACUCCGCAGUUCGCAGUCCGCGUCAGCAGUUCAUCACUCGCCGCCACUGUUUAGCCGACUUUCGAACUCUUCACUGUAGUUUACUCGCAGACCGCAGUCUCCUCAGAUUCGUAAUUCGUUGACGUAUUGCUGACGUGCACUUCCGACAUCGCUCACGCCAAUCCGAUCUCAGAAACACGCACCAUGUCUUUCGAAGAAGCAGUUGAUAAGGUGAAGAACUUGAAACAAACUCCCAGCGAUACCAAUUUGUUGGAACUCUAUGCGUUCUACAAACAAGCAACUGUCGGUGAUGUUAAUACAGCCAAACCUGGGUUUUUGGACUUCAAAGCAAAAGCCAAAUGGGAAGCAUGGAAUUCAAAGAAAGGCACAAGCAACGAUGAGGCUAAAACUAAAUAUAUUGAAAUUGUCGAUAAGCUUGUAGAAGAAAUCGGUCUCAAAGCUUAAACCGAAUGGCUACUCUCAAUGAUCACACACAUGCUACACACAAACACUUACGUUAAAGUUUACUUUAUCUAUUUAAUUUAAUAAUGAUUACAAAUCAUAUGUUUAUUAUGUUCAUAUAAUAUAAUAUUUAUUAAGAUCACCAAUUUGUUUGGUCGCAUUUAAGGUGUGCUUCUAAGUCACGCAGAAAGACUAUUUUUGACUUAUGAUCAAUUUUGUUAAUUUACAUCACAGUAAAAUUAUUGUUAAUUUAUCAACAUAAAUACUUAAAUUUAUGAU